AUGGCACCCAAUCUCAAGCUGAUGGGCGUGACGCUGUCUUUGGCAUUUCUUACGCGCUCUUUACUCGACCCGGAAGAUUCCUUCCAAACGAAUCUCGUACGUGGAAUAUACGGUCUUUCGCAGGUUUUCUGCUAUAGCAUCUUGUUGUAUCUCUAUAUGAAAGCCAAGACAAAUACAGAACCAGGUGUUCUUACCGUAAAAGAAGAUCUUGGACUAGGUCAAAAAGGAGAUCGUGAUGAGAAGAUUACGGUCGCAGAACAUGAUCAGCGCAUGGUCUGGAAGGACAUUCAACGUUAUGCUUUGGGUACUGUUAUGACUGUACUAAUGCAUUGGAAAUGGGGCUUUUUUCCUCCACUCGUCAUCCAAGCCGUCACUCAGCCUUUUAACCUGUUUCAAUUACAGAUUGUCAAGGUGAUACUGCUUGGUCACAAAGCUUGGGGUGAUUUACGUCGUCCAUGGACGGAUCGUAACGAUAUGAGCAAGUCUAUCAAUUCCUGGAAUGAAACCAUUGUGUCAGCAUUUGGUCAAGCACCCGUCAAGGUCAACAAGAAGGCCAGUAAGAAGGCUACCAAGUCGAAACGGAAGUAG